AUGGAGCAACCAAAAUUCUUAACUGGAUGGACACCAGUUGUUAGAACAUUUGUCAAUAGUAAUAGAGCUGUUAAAGCAUUAUGGGCUCUUUUUGCAACAUGUAUGGUGAUAGCAUUAGUUAGCUCUGUUAGUGUAGUCAUACAUAAAUAUUUAACUUAUGUAACAGUUGUUCGAUUAGAUCAAAGAGGUCCAAAAGAUGGUGUUCCUCCUCCAGCAGUAACUAUAUGCUUAAAUGAACAUCAAACCAAAUAUCUUCAUUCAGAGUAUUAUAAAACAGAUUCUAAAUUGAAUAUUGUACAAGGAGCAACUAAAUCUUGUCAACUUAAAUCUGGAAUCAUAUGGGAUUCUAGGGUUGAUGCCAUUUCAAAAUUCUAUAACUAUACAAAACAUUUCCAAGUAACAUUUCGUACUGAACCACCUGGAUGCUAUUCACUUAAUGUUAUGGAACAAGUUCCAUGGCCUCCUGAUUCGAUUUGUACUACAUUUCAAUUGGUACAAGUUGGACUACUAAAUACAACAUUCUGGAAAAUAUUUCACACGGAUAUCAGGUUAACUGAAGUGAAUCAAACAUUACUCGGUCGACCAUUAAUCAUUACACAUGAAACAAACAGUUUCCCGUUUGAUAAUUACGGUCGUUAUUUAUACGAAUACAUGAAUCCUGGGUCAUUAUUAAAUGUAUUCUAUAGCAAAAGCAUAACUAAACGAUUAAAUACUCGUCGAAAUCCAUGUACUUCAAAGCCAAUUAAUUUAUUAGGUAACAGUUUCGAUUAUGAUCAAAUCACAUGUCAGUGGCAUACGGUUUGUGCACGAUACAACAAAGAAUGUAAUUGUACAUGCCCUUUGGAAUUACUUCGUCUUCGAUUGGAUCGUGAAAUCAAAAGUAGAGCUUCGAAUAAGUCAUUCUUUUUGAACACUGAUCAUAACCGUCAACAAUAUCGAUCUAAAAAUUAUUGUCCACCUAAUUGUCAACUUGACUAUCGUAUGGCCUUUGUGAAUAACUCUAUAUGUCCAUUGGCAUGUCGUACAGUAACUUAUAAAAAGUUAAAUGAAGUUCUAGACAAUAUUACAGAUCGUUCAGUUGUACAAUUAGAAUUAAUUCAAGCUGAAGGUUUAACUGAACUGACUGAGGAAGCGUUGUAUUCAUUGCCUAAAUUAUUUAGUGAAAUAGGUGGAUUAAGUUCAUUUUGUUUUGGAUUUAGCUGUAUUCUGUUUUUCGAAUUAUUGGAAUUAGCCUUUUGGUUAAGAUGUACUUAUCGUUCACAAUUUCUUGAACGUGUAACAAAGAUGUUAGGACAACAUAUGGAAAUUAUUGAAGAACCUAAUGACAAGACUUUCAAAAAUCUUCAAGAUACAACUAAUAAACUAUCAUUUACAGAAAAUGUUUGGCAAGUACAAGAUAAACGAUGUCAUAAACUACAUAACAAAAACACUAGCUCACAGAUGCAAAAACAAAGAAAAGAUGAGUCAGUUCGUCCAGUUACUUCAGUAUCAAAAUGGACUUCACAUGACCAACUAAAAGGAAAAUCAUAUAAAUGUUCAUUAAUAUGUAUACCAACCCGGUUGAAAUCUCGCACAUCAAAUCGUAUUGAAUUAAACCCAUUAAAAAUGUAUAAAGUUGAUGGUACACGCUUAAGUGAAUAUCCUAAAGAUCAAGACAGUCCAUUAAUCGGUUUAAAAUCGCACAAAACUUUUCUUUCAGAAGAACCUACAUUGGAAAUACAUCGAAGUUCUUCUAAAUUUGUUCAAUAUCCAAUGAAUUUAUCUGCCUUCAAUGAUAAAGUUCAGAUUUUAACAGUUCCGGUUAUUUUAAAUGAUCAUUUAUUUCAAGUUGCUAUAGACUACGAGAUAGCUUUAUAA